GUCGACGGCCCUACCGCGCACUUCACCGGCUCCCGGUCCCGCACCGCCCGCGCCUCCCGCAGCAGCGCCCGUCUCCCGCCCACCGCAGACAUGGCAAACAAGGGCCCGGCCUAUGGCAUGAGCAGGGACGUGCAGUCCAAGAUCGAGAAGAAGUACGACGACGAGCUGGAGGAGCGGCUGGUGGAGUGGAUCGUGGCGCAGUGCGGCUCCUCCGUGGGCCGCCCCGAGCGGGGCCGCCUGGGCUUCCAGGUCUGGCUGAAGAACGGCAUCGUCCUCAGCCAGCUGGUGAACAGCCUCUACCCUGCCGGCUCCAAGCCCGUGAAGAUCCCCGACGCGCCCCCGACCAUGGUGUUCAAGCAGAUGGAGCAGAUCGCUCAGUUCCUCAAGGCGGCUGAGGACUAUGGCGUGGUCAAGACGGACGUGUUCCAGACCGUCGACCUCUUUGAAGCCAAGGACAUGGCAGCGGUGCAGAGGACGCUGAUGGCCCUGGGGAGCCUGGCGGUCACCAAGAACGACGGCAACUACCACGGGGACCCCAGCUGGUUCAUGAAGAAGGCGCAGGAGCACAAGCGGGAGUUCACCGAGAGCCAGCUGAAGGAGGGCAAGAACGUCAUCGGCCUACAGAUGGGCAGCAACAAGGGCGCGUCACAGGCGGGCAUGAGCUACGGCCGGCCCCGGCAGAUCAUCAGCUAGGCAGCCGCUCCCCGCCGCCCCCAGCCCUCCCGCCGCCGCCGGGAGAGCAGCCCCGGCCGGCACCUCCGUCUCCGCUCCCCCGGCCCAGCGCGCCGCAGAGCCGCCCCUCACCCGCUGGUAUUUAUUGGAAGGAAAGCGCCAGCCAGCCCCAGCGCCCCUCCAGCGCCAAAGGCAGCAUGUGCCCAGCCCCGGGGGCGCCGGGGCAGCCGCUCCCCGCCGGCCUCGCACGCCCCCGCCGACCCCUCGCCCAGCCCCGCCGCCAGCCGGUCCCGUCCCCGCCGCGCUCGCUGGCACCCACGGGUGCCCCGCUGCCCUCUCCGGGGCCGGAGGGUGGGAAGGGUGCGAGCCCCGACCCCCGGAGCCGCCCUGCCCCGCCCGCAGCCCCACACGAGCCCCGCGCCACCGCCGCCGAGAUCCUUGCAACGGGGAGAGAAGAGAACUGGCCUCGGGUUUGUACUUCGUUUUCGUCAACAUUAAAGGGUCUUCAUCUA